AUUUACUAUAACACUACCUGUCGUAACACUUUGUCUAUAUGCUUGUCCUUUUAGCAUUUUUGUACUCAAUUUAAAUGCGAAAUUUUUGAAAAGGUGAUUCAAACCUGUUGAGUUGAGUCCCAUGAGGUAACGCUAAUUUGAAAGUGAAUGUCUGACCAGCACAGAACGCUUUUGUGAGCAGUUCCACAAUGGACGAACCAAUCCUCCCAAAGAGGAAAGUGGUGAAAGGAGAAAGUAAUACAAGUCAAUUGGUUUUACCUGGGACAGUAUAAAACGGUUCAUCUAGUCUUUGUUGUGUGAGCCACUGGAGUUAGUGUUGCAUUGUAAAGCCAUGAAGCUUUGACAUCAAAUCAAGCCAGUUUAUAUUUUUCAACAGCUUCACAAUGGCGGUUGUCAUUGUAUUGGUAAUGCUGUUGCCAGUUGCACUGACAUGUCCACCCCAAAAAGCAGACUAUGUGAUGGUUUCCUGUUUCCCCAACACUAUUAUUGCCAAUGUACCCGAGUGUCCGUACGGGUGGGAGAUUGAGCAGUUGUCUUUGGGAGGGAUUUGUUAUUCGGGGGUCCACAGUCCUGGGUACUAUCGCUUCAUCAUCCCAGACCUGACACCAAGGAACCACUCGUACUGCGCCACCCAAUCAGAGUACAUUCCUGGCAAAGACCCCAAGUACAUCUUCUAUAACUCUAUUGUGUCCAACGAUACGACUCUCACAGUGAGAAACCAGCCCGUUAACUACACUUUCAGCUGUAUGUAUCGUGCCGCCUACCUGGUAAAUAACGCAGUGUUUAGUCAGAGAGUGGCCACAGUUUAUGUGAACAACGGCAGUAUAGGCACUUUUAGGUCACAGUUGUCUAUGAAUGUGUUCACGAACUCCAAAUUCCUAUAUGCGAAGGAUGCCCCGUACAUCAUUGACACAUCUGAGAUCGGUUCUGAAGUCUUCAUCGGGAUUGAGGCUAAAGGGCUCAGUGGGAGGUUCAGAGUGGUGAUCAACAACUGCUGGGCCACUCCGACUCCGUACUCAACAGACCGGAAAAGGUGGAGCCUUAUCAUUAACAGCUGUGCAUCGGACCACACGGUGACGAUAUUUGAAAAUGCCAAAGACAGCCGCUCCAUGUUUAAGUUCAACUCGUUUCGGUUUCAGCGUUUGGAGAAAGUGUCGACUGUGUGGCUUCACUGUGAGGUCCACGUCUGCGACAGCGAGAGGCUCAACUGUAUACCAAGUCCGUGUUCAACCAGGAGCCUCACUCCACAGCCCGACCCAAACGGAGGAGUUCUCACAACAGAGUUUCUUGUUAGAGGUCAUGGAUCUGCUAACACAGGACACUUAGCAGGGAUAUCGCUGCUCAUGCUGAUGGUGGUCCUUACAAACAUGUUUUUUGAUUUGUAA